AUGAGAUUUUCGAGAUUAAUCUAUCUCUCAAUUCUGUUAACUGUUGGGUUGAUAACUCUCUCAUAAGUUUACUGUGAGGAUGAAGUAAAUAUCGACUUAGAUAGGAAUGAGCUAGAACAAGGAAUUCCAGAAGGUGAGUUCAAUAGUAUGGAUGAUGCAAUCAGUAAAAUGACUGGAAGGAAUGAAGCGAAUCAUGAUGAACUUGAGCAAUAGCAGCAAGAACAAAAGGAAUUAACUCCAGAAGAAAGAUAAAAGCACCUUUAAUAGAAGAAAGCUAGAGAUAGAAAUUGCUCUCCAGACUUACCUCACUUGAGUGUAGGAGAUGUCAAUCUUACCGCUAAAAAUUUUGAGAAAUUCAAGCAAGAGAAUGAGGUCUUUUUAUUAGGAAUUUCAGAUAACUAGUGUGAUCAUUGCUGCUUUACAGAGGGUAUGCUUGAUGCAGUACACUCUGGAAUGUAAACUAAACUACAUACUUACAAUGGAAAGAGAAUUAAGGUAGCUAGAUUAGAUUUAUUUUAAAAGAUGAAGCUAAGCCAAAAAGAGAGAGAUGCUUUUGAGACUGUACCUAGAAUGCUUGUCUAUAAGUAACAUUAAUUAAUCAUCUUAAUCCGACUUAGGAAUGGAGAAUACUAUCCAUAUGAGAGCUAUUACAUUAAGAACCUAUUUUUGCAUUUCAUUAAUAGAGUUCUCUAUCCAGUCUUGAAUUUGAAGACUACUGAACAAAUAGACCUAUUCUUAGACUCAGCCAAGGAAUAUGUAGAACAUUCAAAAUUCUACCAAAACAAAUAUGAACCAAUGGGAGAUUUUUAUUAUAGAAUGGGAAAGAGAGUGAGAGUUCUAGCUCUUUUUAAUGACAAGAAAGAGUAUAGCAAUGAGUACAAACUAUUUUAGAAAGCAGCAUAAUCUUUAGUGAGAAGAGAUGAUCUUAGAAUUGCUGUAGUUACUAAUAAGACCCUUGUGCAGCAUUAUAAAUAGAAAUUUGGAGUCAAAUGGUUUGAUGAAUACUCACUUAAUACAAUAGUCUUAGAGAGAGAACCAGGAGUCUAUCAUUUUUAUGAUAUUGAAAAGGAAUCAGAUGAUAUUGCCUAUUGGAUUAAUAAGAUGUCUCUAAGCAAAUUAGGUGAUGAGUUGAAUAGAGAAACAGAGGUUAUAUCUAAGAUGCUUAAUGAAGCUCAAGGAAUAAUGUUUAUUAAUAGAGGAAACGCAAACUAUGGAGCUGAUUCUAAAGUAGCAAAAGAUGCCCUUCAAAGAGUUGCUCCAGUCUAUUUCCAAAAUAGAAUCAACUUUUUCUAUGCAGAAAGAUAAGAAUAAUUGGAGAAAAGAACACGAUUAGGAAUUAUGUGGGAUAAAGUGCCUUCAUUUGUGAUGGUUACUCCUAAGUAAAACUACUUCCCCAUUGAUAUGGAAGUUAACCUUGGUGACGCCUCAAUUGUUGAUAAGGUAUUAUAAGAACAUAUAGAAGACUUUAUGAAAGGAAGACUGAAAGUACCAGAUCAAACAUAUGAUUAAGCUUCAGACAGUAGAGACUACGAAAUACUUGACAGACUAAGUAAUGUGAGAUCUGUAAACAAAAGAUCCUUUGUUAAUACUGUUACAAAUCCAGACCAUGACAUUCUAGUAUUUGUUUAUACUUCAGAUAUGCAAAGUCCAAAUUGGAAAAAGUCAACACAAAGAGCAUAUGAUUUUGAUUUGAUAGCACUAUAAUUAAGGGAACUCAAGAUUAAGAGUGUUGUUUGUGCAGGAUAUGAUGUCAAUGUUGAAGGAAUGAUUGCUGAAAUUGACGACCCUAAUGUACCAGCUAUUUAUCUUUAUCCAGCUAAAGAACAUUCUGUGGAAAAUAGAGUCACCUACAAUAAAAAGACAGUUGAUCUAUCAUCAGUUAUCUAAUUCCUACAAUAGUAUGCAGAGAAAAAAUUCAAAGUCCCUAAGGAUGUAAUGGAUGCAGCAUUGAAAUAAAAGAAAGAUAAAAACACCAGUACUAAAUAGGUUACUGGAAAAUCCAAAGAUUCAAAGAAAAAGACUGAACUUUGA